UCGUUCCCAUCCGUGUGUAGAAGCACAAAACCAGUGCCCCACUCACACACACAAACUCGCUCAGCUGCAAACUAGUAUAAUAAGUUUCGCACUUAUCAUUGGGCUUAUACUGCCAUAAAAACGCGCCGGUGGCGCCCUCAACACCAAUGAGUUUGCGCAAGAAGGGGUUAGAAAGGCCUCUAUAAUUACUUACCUUUGGAACAAUCGGCUUGCAGGACAAAUUCAUAUAAAAGUUUUUAUUACCCUGUUCCGUUCUGCUUGCUCGUCUUCUCUUGUCCUCUCUGCAAAAACGAAAAAUAACAAGUCUCAAUAAGUUAAUCAAACUUGCUUUAUUUUUAGUACUUUUUCACCUUAAUACCAAACCAACACACGACGGAAAAGUGGUCAAGAGACUGGAAUUAUAAUGUGACAUUAUCAUCAUGUAUGUAAGUCAUAUAUUGGGCAUAGUGAAAGUGAAAGUCUAAAGUUCAAAGUCAAGGGAAGGUGUGAUUAGUGCAUGUCUUGUUUAAUUAAAUGAACACCAUUAAAAUAAUUGAUAUAAAUCGUCAUCACAUUAUUGCUGAUGACUGCUGGUGGGACAAUGAGCAAUCGUGUGAAAACUGAAAAGCGGCCGUCGGUCCCUGCCGUGGGGACGACCACUGAGGAGCGAGAGUUGGAGGAAUGGGCCCGCCGCCUUGUCAGUCGACCCACCCCCCAGAUCGGAACAGCCGGAGCAGGUCAGCCCACCCUCAACAACUUCCUGAACCUCGGCAACCCCACCGCCGCUGCCACCGGAGCUGACGGCCUCCCACCUCACAACGGGUUUGACAAAGAUAGUGCCAUAGGAAGGUUUACGUGGUACACGGUUGCAGGGGACAAGUACAUACCAUGUAUCUUCAGGUGCAAUGACAAAUUUUGCUCGGUGAAAAUGGCGGAAAUUUCAGCCCUUGGAGAUCUACUUAGACUACUGCCGGUAGAGCUUUAUGAGUGUGUUAAUCUCAAGAGUUACUCAGCGAGUAACGUGGAAGCGCGACUACUAGGUCAUAUCAAUGCAUGGCAUUGUGAUGGAUUUUACGGCUCUGAAACUUUUAGCACUAAAGAGCAACUCAUCCGGGUGGAAGACAUUGAGAAAUUUUACAAUUUUUUAUAUUUUGCUUACGCCGUGCUCAGUACUGGAGGUCGAAAUGAAAACAUGGACUACUCGAAAUGUGCAUUUAUAAAAGUUAACUCGGACAAUUUGAUACCAUAUACUGUUUUACCGGGCGAUGAGAAAGGGGUUCCACUUUUUUAUUUUGAAGGUCAAACUGAUAUUUUAAAGGAAAAAGCUGUGCCGUUGGAAGGAUGGGAACUUGCCUAUCUUAAAGUGUGCUGUAAAGUGCAGGGUGUGAGAAAAGACUUAAUCGCUGGAAAUACUUUACAAAUAGUAAAAGUGUCUGACCUUCGCUCGUACUUUCCUAGGAGAACUGUUUUUACUGAAGAGUGUUGGCCGGAUCCUAAAUCAAAGUCUUUACUAUCGUCAAAAAAUAAUAAUGGUACAAUUGUUGCAUUUCCCAACAAUGCGAUUCCCUCCUGUGAUAAGUGGGCAAACUCGGUUCCCUACGUUAAUCCAGCAGCUCCUAGAAGUAACUGUCCCAGUGGAAUGGUUCCCAGUAGCGGUACGACGACGGCCUCUACAUUUGUCAGUAUUACGGCGAAAUCGUCAACCUCUGAUCAAGCACCUGUGAUACCAGUGAGAAACGGAAGUGCAACAAACAAUAGUAGUGUGGCUGUGCGAGUUGCAAAGACAAAUGGUGCUCCAAGCAUACCAAUGGAAUUGCAAGCAAAGUCGGAUGCUCUUAAAAAAAUAAAAGUUCUAAGUCCCCCUCAAGCGUUGUCGCAAUUUCAACUCGUCCCAGAAUUCAAUGAUCCUUUAAAUCGGGAUGGUGCAUACUCAAUUAGAUUGAUUAUCAUUGAUAAGGAACUGAUGCAUUGUAUCAACUUGCAUCCAUUUAAAAAUGACACGUAUUUGGUGGUCCUGCAACAGUUUAUGAACCAGUUUUUCCCGUCUAUCUCAAUAUAUCCUACGGCAGUCAGUGUGCUUAAAACCUGUGGUGUAGCAACCUUUAUGCCAAAUCAAGCACAAAUCCGUACUCUCAACUCUUUUGGAUUCAUGAUUCAGCAUCCAUGGCAAAUACCACUGAUUCAAGCAGUGGCAGUCACUCAGGUUAUGACCAAGCUGAAAGAAGUGUUUAGACCACGGAAUGCUGCCAGCGCUAUUCAUAACUCAAACUCAAGCAGGGGUGCCCCUGGCCCCAGAAGCAAUGGCUACGCUUAUACCAUCAGAUGAAGCCUCAUCCUGAUAAACCUUAAUUUUACAUAAUCGUAAUAAUUUUAUUGUUAUAAGCCUCAUGUAUGCUGUAUAAAUAAGUUUGGCUGCCUGUAAAUGGUUUACCAUACCUUAAUUAAAUUGUUAUACAAUGACUAAUGUGUACAAGAGAGUAUUUAAUUGUUUCAACUACGGUCUUUAAAUAUUUCAUAUCUAUUGUUUUGUUAAUUUACGUUUGAUAUUACAAAAGAGAGAAAGGACAAAAUAAUAUGAGUAAAUGAUAUUCGUAUGAAAAGAAACAUC